AUGAUUAUUAAUCAAAUAAUUCAAGAACUUAUUGAAAAUAUUCAAUUAAAUGUAUUUUAUGAACAUUUUACAAAAGAUGAUGAACAAAUUGACUCUUAUUUAUUAAAUUAUUUAGAAACAGCUCGAAAAAUUUUAAUUAAUGAUGAACAAUUUCAAAAAGCUAAACCUUAUGUAAAAAUUGUUUUGGAAUAUUCAUGGGAAAAAUUAAAUACAGGAAUAUGGCAAAAUGUUAAAGAUGCUUGUAGAUAUUUAUAUGCUUAUGCUUGUUAUAUUGAUGUACUUGUUGAUUGUAAAAUAUUAAUAGAAAAUAAUACACAUGAUAAUUAUCAAGAUAUUAUAAAAAAAUGUGAUUUAGGUAUUUUACUUGGUGGACCCAUACUCGAAAAACAAUUCAAUGAUCUUAUUUCAAUAAUUAAUCAAAAUUUCAAGAAUACUCAAGAUGAAGAAUCUAGUACGGAUUUUCAUUCACCAAAACGAAUUCGUCUUGAUGAUAAUAAUGAAAAUGAUAAUUUCAACUGGAUGCCAAGACCAAUUAUUGAUUUAACAAAAGCAGUUGAACGUAUUCAUUGUCCAUCUAUCGAACAAUUUCUAACAUGCUAUAUGAAAACAAAAAAACCUGUUAUACUCACCGGUUGUAUAGAUCAUUGGCCAGCAUUGUCAAAAUGGAGUUUUGAUUAUUUGAUUAAAUUGGCUGGUGAUCGGACAGUACCAAUUGAAUUAGGUAGUCGUUAUUCGGAUGAUAAUUGGACACAAAAAUUAAUGACAAUUGCAGAUUUUGUCAAACAAUAUUGUCAACGAAGACCUUCACAAUGUGGUUAUUUAGCACAACAUCCUUUACUAGAUCAGAUCCCAGAUUUAAAGAAAGACAUUUGUAUACCAGACUAUUGUUAUAUUAGUUCCGAUGAAAACGAAGAUGAAGAAGUUGAUCUUAAUGCAUGGAUUGGUCCAAAACAAACUAUAUCACCAUUACAUAAUGAUCCAAAACAAAAUCUUCUUGCUCAAGUUGUUGGAGAAAAAUAUAUUCGAUUAAUUGAUCCUAUUUAUUCAUCAAGAUUAUAUGCACUCGGUUCAACGAUGUUAAACAACACUAGUUCAAUUGAUGUUGAAAAUCCUGAUUAUGAUCGAUUUCCUCUUUUCAAGGAUGUUCCUUAUCUUGAAUGUAUACUUCAACCAGGCGAUAUGCUCUAUAUGCCAUCACGUCAUUGGCAUUAUAUGAAUUUUACAGAAUUAUUUAACGUAACAUCAUAUCAAUGUUCAUUUUCACCUGAUGGUCAAUAUUUAGCAUGUGUUAAUCAAUAUCGUUUAAUAAUACGUACAUCAACAACAUUAGAAAUAAUAAAUUUAUUUGCUUGUAUUGAUGUAAUUGAUACGAUUGAAUGGUCAUAUGAUUCACGUUUUAUUUUAGCUGGUUUAAUUAAACGUAAUGCUGUACAAAUAUUUUCAUUAGAUAAUCCAGAAUGGAAAUGUAAAAUUGAUGAAGGUUCAGCUGGUCUUUGUCAAGUACAUUGGGCACCAGAUUCUCGACAUAUAUUAACAACAGCACAAUUUCAUUUACGUAUAACUGUGUGGUCAUUAACAUCAAAAAAUGUUUCAUAUAUUAAAUAUCCAAAAAAAAUUUCACCUAAAUCUUAUAUAUUUAAUUUAUCAAAACCAUAUAUGGCAUUAGUUGAACGUCGAAAUGAUAGUACGGAUCAUAUAUCAAUAUUUAAUUAUUCAACAAAUUGGUCGAUGAUUGCACAUUUUCAUGUCAAUGAAUUAGAAGAUCUUCAAGGUAUUCAAUGGUCGCCAAGUGAUGAUGUUUUAUGUUUAUGGGAAAAUUGUUAUGAAUAUAAAAUUGUUUUUUGUAAACUUGAUGGACAAAUAUUAAAUAUAUAUAAACCUGAAAAUGAUCAUUUAUCAUUAGGUGUACGUUGUGCACGAUGGUCACCUACUGGACAAGUUAUGAUUGUUGGAGAUUAUGAAGAAUAUAUAACUAUAUUUAGUUAUUUAACUUAUAAAAAAAUUCGAGAACCUUUUCAACAUCCACAAAGAUUAUCAUCAAAAAAAGGUUAUACAAUUUUAAAAGAAGAAGAAUAUCAGAAUGAUAAUAAUGAAGAAACAAAUGAGAAAAGUCAAGGUAAACCUUACUCAUCUUCUACUUAUUCAUCAACACUCUUAUCCAAUCAUGAAUCAAAAAUUUCAAUUGAAUCAAAAUAUAUUAUAUAUAAUGGUACGCUUCAAAUAGAUCCAAUAAAACCUAAUCUUGAUCGUGCUAAUCCUCGAUUAGGUGUAUCAUCCAUUGAAUUUUCAAGUUCAGGCCGAUAUAUGUCAACCAUUAAUGAAACAAUGCCAAAUAUUUUAUUUAUAUUUGAUUUUAAACCAACAUUUCAUUUAGCUUUUGUACUUAUUCAAGUCCAACCAAUACGAUGUAUUAAAUGGGAACCAAAACGUGAUCAUUUAGCAUUAUGCACACAUAAUAAUUGUUUGUAUAUUUGGUCACCGCAAGGUGCUUCUUGUAUUAAUUUACCCAGUGAAUCGUCCAAACAUAAAAUAGAUGAAUUAAAAUGGAAUAAUCAUAAUUCUAUACCUAGUAUUGCAUUGAUUGGACAGAAUACCAUGUGUCUCGGUUUUAUUGAUCUUAAUAAUGAUACGUAA